AAAAAAAAAGGUCCGCUUGGAUUUCGAGAAUUAAUUAAGGGAGUAAAAACCAAAAUUACAGAGCUACUACAGUCUACAGCUGACCGUAAUACAAUUGACACCGUUAACAACAACAUUUUCCAUCCAACCUUCUCUCUCCUCACUCCUCUCUUUCUCAACAAUGGAGGCAAACUUGCAACAGAUGAGCUCACUCAAUCGGCGCCUUCAAACGCAAAAUCACUCCACCACCACCAUCAUCACAACUACCUUCAAACGCAAAAUCACUCUUCGCCGCCGACCUCUCUUCAAUGGUGCGGUGGAGUUUGAUCAAUCAUUAAUGAAGCAAGAAGGAAAAAGCUUUUCAAUGGUUAAUGUCAAGUAACUCAAUUGCAGUUACGGCGUCAAACAAAAUGUCGCUAAUUCAUCAAGUGGGGGCCACAAAAUCUGAUGGAGCAUAAGAUUAACAAAACACGGGAAGCGUGCCCAUUAUUCUGAGGAAGUUCAUAUUGAUGAAGCAGCGAAGAGGCGCAACAAAAUGGAUUCUCCUUCCCAGGAAACUGAACCAAGGCCACGGAAACAAGAUUCCGGGAGCACGGAGCAUCAAGAGUGUGGUGAUGUAGAGAUUCUGCAUAACCAGCUGGGGGGUCUUUUUGAAAUGUUGAAGCCAACUCUAUUAGACCUUUGUGAAGCUCUGCUACUUAAGGAUAAUGUGAAAAGAUUGGCUGAGAAAUUUCUCGAGUAUCUGGUGAAAAAUUAUCUAGUCACAAGAGAGCCUGAGACUACAUUACAAGCUUUCUUAUUCUCAGUGUGUUGGACUGCAGCUGAGGAACUGAAGAACAAAAUUGAUCACAAAAAGUCACUUACCGUUGCCAGAGAAAAGUUGGGCUUUAAUUGCUUAGAACGUGACACUGAGAAAAUAAUUUCAAGGUUGAAGCCAACAUGGGAUAAUUUUAUAUGUUUGAGAACGAAAAAUCCAGAUUCGGAAGGAAAUUUUAUAGAAUCGCCACUAGGCAACCUGAAAAAUAUAACUGUAGAGCUUGAGGAACAUAUGAAGAAGGUUGAAAUGAAAUGUGGCAGGCAAAUGGAGAAGUUAAAAAAUAAACACUAUGAAGAAUUUGAGAAAUUUGAAAAAUCCUGGGAGGAGUUGACGAUGAAGCUAGAAAAGCGGUGUAAAGUAGAGUCAACCGUUAUUCGUUAUACUUACGCUAAUUCUUCAACUGGAAUUGAUAAGUUAAAGGCCUUGGAUAAUGAUCAUGCUAAGAAAAGGGAAGAGCUAGAAAAACAAAAAUCCAUCAAACAUGAAGAGCUUGAAGCUAGGCAAAAGGCUGAAAAAGAUAUAGAAGAGAAGAAGCUAGCUGGGUAUGUGAAACGAAUUAACUCCUUGGGGUGCCAUAAGCUUUCGGAAGAACCUGAUGGUAAGAAUGGAGUAAAUUCUGAAGUUGCUGAACCUAUUGGACCAAAUGAAGAGUCAAAUGGAACUGUGGGUAUCAAUGGGAACCUCUCAAAGCAGCAAAGUUUCAAGACGAAAUUAAUAGCAUCCGUACUUGAUGAAAAUCCGGAGAAUACAGAUGAGCAGAGAGUGAGUUGCUCAAAUGAUGAUUUUGUAGCAUCCAUAGAGAAUGUACCAGCAUCUAAGGGACCUAUUGGACUAGAUAAAGAAUCAAAUGGAACUGGAGGUAUCAAUGGAAACCUCCCAAAGCAGAAAAAUUCUGAGGGAGAAGCUGAAAAUCCGGAGAAUACAAAUGAACAGAUAGAAAACUGUGGGAAUGAUAAUGCUAUAACUGGUAUAGAGAGCGUACCAGCAUCUAAUAGGCCUGAUACUAGUACAUGUUCACCUGAACAGCCUUCUGCUCCUACUGGACAGAUUGGGAAAGAUACCAAUCAAAUAGAUGACGCGAUAGUAGAUAGGUUGACUGCUGUAGAAAGCAACCAAAUUAAUGGAGCCAGUAGAACAGGGCCAUUGAUCUCUCCAAUUGGUUCAUUCACGGAGAACCCAAAUGCUGUUACGAGUCAGGGGCUUGGAGAUGAAUCUCGUAUUGGAGUGGGAGAGCAAGUAGGACCUACUACCCGGACACAUACUACGCCUUUAGGUGAAACAUCAUCUUUAGAUCGUCCCAAUCAUGUGCCAUCUGACCUUUUGCAUAAUGAAGAAGAAGCACACUCUUCUGUCGAGGCUUUGCUCAAUGAGUGGGUUACACAUUACAAUGAUCAGUUGGGAGUUGCUCCUAAUGGCAGGCUUGAUAUUCAGCCAAUUGGAAAUCAUACAUCUAUUGUUGGUACCACAACCCCAAGGCAUCAAGAUCAAAUGGGAGUGGCUCCAAAUGGUAGGCUUGAUAUUCAGCCAAUGGUAAACCAUGGAUUUAUUGUGGAUACCACUACCCCAAGUCAACAAGAUCAAAAUAGGGGCCACGUCUUAGGUGAAGCUAUUUCACAGAUGCCUGCUCAUGUAGUUCCUGCAAAAUUUUUCAUCCCGAAUGAAACUAAUGCACCAGUAGCAAGAGGAGCUGUCCCAGCACAUUCCAGCCAUGCAAAUCGAAUGCAAAUGCCUACUAACUCUUUGGUUACAACACCCAAUCAUUUUGAUCCACUUCAGUCUGAAGUAGAUAGAAUACGUAGAGAGAUGGGUAAUUUGAUGACCAUUCAUGAGCAAAAGAAGUCACAAUUUAAAUCAGAAUGUGAUAAAGAAAUUGAGGAACUUGUUGCUCAAAUUAAGAGAAACUAUGACAAGAAGAUUGAUGAAGCUGAGGCAUCAUUUGCAGUUAAAAGGAAGGAUCUUGAAACAUGUCAGAACAAGGUCAUGAUGCAUAAGAUGCUGGCUGAGGCCUUUCGAUCUAAAUGCAUAGACUAUAAGGCUGCUACAAGGAUGCCACAACUAGGUAACUCUGCUAGUUCUGUAGAGAUUGCCUCACAAUUACAUUCUACAAGACCUUUCUCUCCUGCUACGUCACCGUUCAGUGGUCCAGCUAGUGCUACACCACCUUUACGGGCUGUUCAUCCCUCUAUGACCUUAAGUGCUCAAGCCAGAAUUUCUCGUGUUGACCUUGUAGCACUAACGGCAGGACAACAUCAACUAAUUAGGUGUGAAGCACGUGCCCCAGUCCCUCAUAUACAGCCCUUCAGAUCUGCUUCAUCUGCUAUUUCUUCCAGCUGUAUGUCUUCUGAUGUGUUGGUGCCACAGCCACCUAACAAUCCAACUUCUAACUUAGCACUGCAGCUCCCACCACAGCCACCUCCACUGGCAGCACCAGUACAGCUAAACUCUCGUGGUCAGUCUCGCCAAGAAGACUCUAUGGGACGGGGUACACCACUUAGCUUAUCCUUGAGUGCAACACAGUUGCUAAUGGAUAUUACAAGGCGGCAUGAUGCAAAUCUUCAUUCUAACAACGUACCCUCUUUGCCAGAUAAUGUGCGAAGUUCUGAGUCUUGGGGCAUAUCCCGAGUUGAGGAAGCAAUGAAUGUGCAACCGUCUUCAUCUAAUAUGAAAAAUGGAGACGUGGUCUGUUUAUCUGAUGACGACUAAAUAUCGUGACAUUCUUGGUACCCUAACCUUCAAUUUGUUGUAACUCUUAGAUCCUAUUUUCAGCUUGGGAUUAAGAAUUAUAGUAGUCUCUGGGUCUGCAAGCUGUAUACAGUCCAUUGCUAUUGUAGCUAUAGGUUAGCAGCUAAUGUAACUAUUUGUGAUUAAUUUGAAAUGAAAUAGGUGCACUCAUAUUAUGCAAGAUUCUUCCGGUGUACAGUGUUUGUGCUAGUGUUCUAGCUUUUGGAAUAUACUUCGUAUUUGGGUUUUGGGAUUUGGGAGUGCACUCAUUAGGACUUAGGAGUAUGUCAAAAAUGUAUACAACCUUAAAAAGGCCCCAAAAUGGAAAAAAGAAAAAAAAAUAAAAAAAAAAAGGGGGGGGGGUCUGAAAAAAAAUUUACAACUAUAAUAUCUAAAUUGAUCCAAUAUGAAUUAUGAACUACAUGUAAAAUUAUGUUUC